CUUUCCCCAUCAUGCGCCUUCGCCCCCUCCAACAUGGCUGCUGUGCCGCAAAGGACGCUUAACUGGCUGUACAGUGUCCUUAUCAGGGACCACUACGAUCCCCGACAAACCUACCAGGACCCCAAUCGCACCUACUAUGAUGUAGCCAAUGUGCUCGGUCAAUACCCUUCGCUGGGCCCGAGGACUGAAGUUUACACAUACGAAAAUGGUUUCUCCGCCCUCCUCCUUCAACUGACCGGCACGUUGCCUGUGACGUUCCGCGGCACUGUUUACAAGUUUCCCAUCACGCUAUGGAUCCCCAACACAUACCCCAGGGAACCACCAUUGGUUUAUGUUACACCAACACAAGACAUGGCUGUUCGUGUAGGUCAGCAUGUCACUCUGGAAGGGAGGGUGUACCAUCACUACCUGGCACACUGGGCUGAGGCAUGGGAGCGAUCAUCUUUGAUUGAUUUCUUAAUGAUACUUCGUGAGGUUUUCGCCAAGGAGCCGCCGGUGAAAUAUAAACAACAACAGCCUGUGCAGCCGCGACCGGCGCCAGCGCAGGUACAGGCACAAGCACCUCCUCUACCCCCUCUGCCUCCGGAGCUCGAUACCACAAUCAAUCGGCCCUCGCCUACCCAUAGCGCUCCGAAUGCCUCCCCGCAGGUAACUGCUCAGGUGCCACCGCCGCCGCCCCCGAAACCUGGGCAAACACCUGAGCCACAAUCACAGAGCACUCCGUCAUCAGCGCGAUACUCGUCUCCCCCUCCGCUACCCCCACUGCCACCGAAGGAGCAUGAUUCUAGGCGGCUACAGAUGCAACCACAGGCAAGCAUGGGCAGUCCUAUGAACAGGCCACAGUACCCACCGGAGCGCAGCCAAGCACCUGCAAUGGCAUCCGGGCAGUAUCAUUUGCCCCAACAGCCGCAACACGUAUCCCAGUCGACACCGGCAUACCAGGCUGGGCCAGCGCAGUUCCGGCCAUUGAAUGGUGCCCACGUUACUCGUCCCGAAGAUUCGGGUCGUGGGCUUCCGCAACAGAAUACUUACUACCCCGUACAACAAGCCCCUCCUACAGUCUAUCAGAGACCUCCGCCACAGCAAGUCCCACCCCAACCGUCACCACAUGCUGGACCUCAGCAAGCGCAGCAACCAGCUCCACGUCCCAAGGCAGAGACGCAAGAUCUUCUCACCUCUCCGUUUGAGCUCGAGCUCCCCUCGUUCACGCCCACCGGCCCGGCCCCCCCAAUCCCACCGAAUCCUGAGAAGGAUGCCCUACUACGCGCUGUUUCCAAGACUCUAGCAGAAACACUGCAAGCAAAUGUCGCACAGUCCGAGACUGCCGCUCAAUCCUUGAUUUCUCAAUCCCACUCGCUGCAUGCGGCGAUUGCCACUCUUCAAGGCGAAGUAUCGUCGCUCAACACACUCAAUGCGACUCUUCAAUCAAACACCACAACCCUGCAGCAAUCUCUCAUGCGCGCAGAUGGCGUCAUUGCCGAUGCGCAAAGCCGUAUAUCAUCUUCAGCCCCGUCAUCGAGCACAGAUCCCGUUGCGUCGGGUCUUCCACCGAUCGACGACGUUCUCGUUGCCCCGACCGUUGUCGGCAAACAAUUGUACGACUUGGUUGCGGAGGAACGCGGUAUCCAGCAGGCCAUCUACGCCCUUCAAGCUGCGCUGGUUAAGGGUGUCAUUGGUGUUGAGACCUGGUCACGUCACACGCGUGGCCUUGCGCGUGAAGCGUUCUUGAAACGGGCAUUGAUACGGAAGAUAGGCAAAGGCAUGGGAUUGGAAGUGCAUUGAUGUUAUGAUGAUGGGAUCACUCUUUUUUGAUUGCGAGACCUAUGUAGACGGAUCUGUAGAUAGAUACCCAUAAGGUCGAUACAUGUUGGCCAGACAAUGUACAUAGCUUGGCGUCCGUAGUUGGUUUGAAAUAGCAAGUGCAAAAGCACUAUUCCGUAC